AUGUCGCAACAUAAUCAUCAACCACAAUACGUACAUUACACCGGUCCUCCUGGUACCCAUAACCAGCCCCAGAGUAUAGCACCACAGGAGACCACCACCCAUCAGCAUGCGCCACCGCUUGUCGCAACGGGGGAUUGGACCAAGAGUCUCGUCGAACUAGCAAAGACAGCUGAACUCAAGAAGCAUGCGCUCACGUUACAGCUGCAUACUGCACACAUACUGUCAGCGCACGCGUCGCUGGAACAGAAGAGCAAGGCAGUCCAGGACAUCAGGGAACAAAAGAACAAAUUAGAAAGUGAACGAGGAUCGGGAUCAGGCAAGCUGCCCGCCGCAUCUGUUUUCAUAAAGCCUAUUCACCCAGCCCCUCAGGCGGAUUUACUCGAAUCGAAGAUCGAUAAAGAAUGCGCCGAAAUCCGUCGACGAAUCCAGCAGAUCACCGAAGGCGAAUACACCGUCGCGAAGCGAGACGUCGAUAGGCUAAGGCAAGAGCUAGGCCAGCCACCGCUUCCUAGCUUGCAGACCAUGUUGGACGAGAAGUCUUCGCAGUUCCUAACCGAACGUCGAUUGAAUGGCAACGCCGAGUCGAAACGUGGUCCAGGAGACGACGGUGGCCAGCUCGGUAAGAAGCCCCGUGGCCGACCGAAAGGGAGCAAGAACCGCAUCAAGGUGCCCUCCGCUCCUGUCCGUUGGCAGCGUGCGCUUCUCUCUCCACAGCCUAUACUCAGAAAAGCAACUUGA